AUGAGUACUGGGGAGGACUCCGAGUGGCAGCCUGAUCUGCUAAUACGCAGGCGCCGAGGGCGGAGCGUCACGAGCGAGCCUCUGACGGCGGGCGGCGUGUGACGCAGUCGGGCCCUCUGCGCUCUGCGCCCGAAGCGGCGGUCGGUAGCGGUGGCGGUGGAGGCGGCGACGGUUUCCUGGUGGCCGCGCGCUGCUCGUUGAGCAGUGGGUGGCGGACGGGCCUGAGCCCUUACUCUGGACACUCCACCUUCCCCAACGCACCGCGCUUUCUGAAGGAAAAACUCAUUUUGAAGAUGUUUAACAAAUCAUUUGGAACCCCCUUUGGGGGUGGCACAAGUGGCUUUGGCACAACUUCAACAUUUGGACAGAAUACUGGCUUUGGCACCACUGCUGGAGGGGCAUUCGGAACAUCUGCAUUUGGCUCUAGCACCAAUACUGGAGGCCUGUUUGGAAAUUCACAGACCAAACCAGGAGGAUUAUUUGGUACUAAUUCAUUUAGCCAGCCAGCUACCUCCACAAGCACUGGCUUUGGGUUUGGUACAUCAACAGGAACGUCAAAUAGCUUGUUUGGAACUGCAAGCACAGGGACCAGUCUUUUCUCAUCCCAAAGCAAUGCCUUUCCACAAAAUAAACCAAGUGGCUUCGGGAAUUUUGGAACAAGUACUAGCAGUGGAGGACUUUUUGGAACUACAAAUACUAAUUCUAAUCCUUUCGGUAGCACAUCUGGGUCCCUCUUUGGGCCAAGUAGUUUCACAGCAGCACCUACUGGGACUACUAUUAAAUUUAACCCUCCAACUGGUACAGAUACUAUGGUCAAAGCUGGAGCCAGCACUAACAUCAGCACCAAGCACCAGUGUAUUACUGCCAUGAAAGAGUAUGAAAGCAAGUCACUAGAGGAACUUCGUUUAGAGGACUACCAGGCUAACCGGAAAGGGCCACAGAACCAGGUGGGAGCAGGUACAACGACUGGCUUGUUUGGGUCUUCUCCAGCCACGUCCAGUACAACAGGACUCUUCAGCUCCUCUACUACUAAUUCAGGCUUUGCAUAUGGUCAGAACAAAACUGCUUUUGGAACUAGUACUACUGGAUUUGGAACAACCCCAGGUGGCCUCUUUGGCCAACCAAAUCAGCAGACUACCAGCCUCUUUAGCAAACCAUUUGGCCAGGCUACAACCACUCCGAACACUGGCUUUUCCUUUGGUAAUACCAGCACUCUUGGACAGCCAAGCACUAACACCAUGGGUUUAUUUGGCGUAACUCAAGCCUCGCAGCCUGGAAGUCUUUUUGGGACAGCUACAAACACCAGCACUGGGACAGCAUUUGGAACAGGAACAGGUCUCUUUGGGCAGCCCAGUACUGGGUUUGGUGCAGUUGGUUCGACCCUGUUUGGCAAUAACAAGCUUACUACGUUUGGAACCAGCACAACCAGUGCUCCUUCAUUUGGUACAACCAGUGGCGGGCUCUUUGGUAACAAACCAACCCUGACUUUAGGAACCAAUACAAACACUUCCAAUUUUGGUUUUGGCACAAAUACCAGUGGGAAUAGUAUUUUUGGAAGUAAACCAGCGCCUGGGGCUCUGGGAACUGGGCUUGGCACAGGAUUUGGAACAGCUCUUGGUGCUGGACAGGCAUCUUUGUUUGGGAACAACCAACCUAAGAUCGGAGGGCCUCUUGGUACAGGAGCCUUUGGGGCCCCUGGAUUUAAUACUACGACAGCCACUUUGGGCUUUGGCGCCCCCCAGGCCCCAGUAGCUUUGACUGAUCCAAAUGCUUCUGCUGCCCAGCAGGCUGUUCUCCAACAGCAUCUCAAUAGUCUGACAUAUUCACCUUUUGGAGACUCUCCUCUCUUCCGGAACCCCAUGUCAGACCCCAAGAAAAAAGAAGAGAGAUUGAAACCAACAAAUCCAGCAGCUCAGAAGGCUCUUACUACACCUACUCAUUAUAAACUGACACCCCGACCUGCCACCAGAGUCCGGCCCAAGGCUUUACAAACAGCAGGCACAACCAAGUCACAUCUCUUUGAUGGGCUGGAUGAUGAUGAACCAUCCCUAGCCAAUGGGGCAUUCAUGCCCAAGAAGAGCAUUAAGAAGCUAGUCUUGAAGAACCUUAACAAUAGCAAUCUGUUUUCUCCUGGUAAUCGUGAUUCAGAAGAUCUGGCUUUAUCAUCUGAAUAUCCAGAAAAUGGAGAGAGAUUUAGUUUCCUGAGCAAACCUGUUGAUGAGAACCAUCAGCAGGAUGGAGAUGAUGAUUCUCUUGUGUCACGUUUUUAUAAUAAUCCUAUUGCCAAACCUAUUCCUCAAACCCCAGAGAAUGCUCCAAAUAAACACAACAACAGCAACAGUGUGGACGAUACCAUUGUUGCAUUGAAUAUGCGUGUUGCUUUGCGAAAUGGGCUGGAAGGAAGUAGUGAAGAAACUUCUUUUCAUGAUGACUCACUGCAGGAUGACAGAGAAGAAAUAGAAAAUAAUGUUUACCAUUCACAUCCAGCAGGCAUUAUUCUCACUAAGGUUGGUUACUACACUAUCCCAUCUAUGGAUGAUCUUGCCAAAAUAACCAAUGAAAAAGGAGAGUGUAUUGUUUCUGACUUCACCAUUGGCCGAAAAGGUUAUGGCUCAAUCUAUUUUGAAGGAGAUGUGAAUUUGACAAAUCUCAAUUUGGAUGAUAUUGUACAUAUUCGAAGGAAAGAAGUUAUUGUCUACAUAGAUGAUGACCAAAAGCCACCUGUGGGUGAAGGGCUAAACAGGAAGGCUGAAGUUACAUUGGAUGGAGUUUGGCCAACGGAUAAAACAUCUCGUUGUUUAAUAAAGAGCCCAGAUCGACUUGCUGAUAUCAACUAUGAGGGCAGAUUGGAAGCAGUUUCAAGGAAACAGGGAGCUCAGUUCAAAGAGUACCGGCCUGAAACUGGUUCUUGGGUAUUUAAGGUCUCCCACUUUUCUAAAUAUGGCCUUCAGGAUUCUGAUGAAGAGGAGGAGGAACGUCCAUCCAAAGCCAGUACAAAGAAGUUGAAGACUGCCCCUUUGCCUCCUGCAGGCCAGACUGCCCCUUUACAGAUGGCUCUUAAUGGCAAACCUGCACUUCCACCUCAGAGCCAGAGCCCAGAGGUGGAGCAGUUAGGGAGGGUUGUGGAACUGGACAGCGACAUGGUAGAUAUCUCCCAAGAGCCAGUUUUGGAUUCCAUGUUAGAAGAGAGCAUGCCUGAGGAUCAGGAACCUGUGUCUGCCUCAACGCACAUUGCAUCUUCACUGGGAAUUAAUCCACAUGUCUUACAGAUCAUGAAAGCAUCAUUGCUUGCUGAUGAAGAAGAUGUAGAUAUGAUGGAUCAACCCUUCAGUCAUCUUCCUUCCAAAGGAGAUACUUCUGAAGAAAUCUGUUCUCCGAGACUCCCCAUUUCAGCAAUCCAUUCAUCGAAAUCCCGUUCACUAGUCGGUGGGUUACUACAAUCAAAAUUUACAAGUGGAGCUUUUCUUUCACCAAGUGCCUCUGUGCAAGAAUGUCGAACACCCAGAGUAUCAUCAUCAAUGAAUAUACCAUCUACAUCCCCUUGGUCUGUCCCUCCACCCCUGGCCACUGUGUUUACAGUGCCUAGCCCAUCCCUUGAGGUUCAGUUGAAAACAGUGGGCACACGCAGGCAUCCAGGCUUGGUCCCUCUUGAAAAGUCUGUCAUGUAUGGCAAGGGAAAUCUCCUGAUGGAUAUGGCCCUGUUCAUGGGACGCUCAUUUAGGGUUGGUUGGGGCCCUAACUGGACUCUUGCUAAUAGUGGAGAACGGCUGAAUGACUCUCAUGAACUGGAAAAUCAUCAGAUUGCUGAUUUUAUGGAAUAUGGAUUCCUACCCAAUCGAGUAGCUGUUAAAUCCCUAACUGAGUCCCCAUUCAAAGUUCACCUGGAAAAACUCAGUCUGAGACAAAGGAAGCUGGAUGAAGACCUGCAGUUAUUUCAGACACCUUUGGAGCUGAAAUUAAAACAUAGCACUGUCAAUGUUGAUGAACUAUGUCCUUUCAUCACCCCCAAUGUGGGAGUUGCUGUCAUUCAUGACUAUGCACGUUGGGUUAAGGAAGUAUCCAGAGAUACAUUGGAAGCACAGAUUGUGAAGCCCUGGAGCCUGACAUGGACAUUAUGUGAAGCCCUGUGGGGCCACCUGAAAGAUCUUGACAGCCAGCCGGGUGAGCCCAGUGCAUACACUCAGAUUCUAGAGCGGAGGAGAGCUUUCUCCCAUUGGCUAUCCAAUAGUGCUACAGCUGUAAUUGAAGAGGAAGUCUCGAUCCGAAAAGACAACCCUAUAGAAGCUGUCUUCAGCUACCUCACAGGCAAUAGGAUCAGUGAGGCCUGCUCUCUGGCACAGCAAUCAGGCGAUCAUCGCCUUGCCCUUCUUUUAUCUCAGCUGGUGGGGAGCCAUUCACUCCGGAAUCUGCUGUCCAUGCAGCUGGCGGAUUGGCAUCAUCUCCAUGCCGACUGCUUUAUCCAGAAAGAGAGACUGCGAGUCUAUGCCCUGCUAGCUGGAAAACCGGUGUGGCAGAUCUCGCAGCAGAAGCAGAUCAAUGUGUGUGCCCAGCUAGACUGGAAACGCUCCCUCGCUGUCCAUCUUUGGUAUUUGCUUCCACCAACAGCUUCCAUUUCCAGAGCACUCAACAAGUAUGAAGAAGCAUUUCAGAAUAUCUCCAGUGGUGAAAAAUAUGCCUGCCCUCCACUUCCUUCAUACCUGGAAGGUUCUGGCUGCAUGGUACAGAAGGAGAAAGACUCAGAGAUCCCACUUCGAGAUGUCUGCUUUCACCUUCUAAAACUUUACACUAACAGAAAGUAUGAUCUCGAUCAGCUACUGGAACCUCGAAGUGUAACUGCAAACCCUUUGGACUACCGCCUAAGCUGGCACCUGUGGGAGGUGCUACAGACUCUUAACUAUAAUCAUCUCGAAAAGCCACGUGAGGGAGUGCUUCAGGCCAGUUACGCUGGCCAGCUGGAAAGUGAGGGGCUCUGGGAGUGGGCCAUCUUUGUCUUUCUGCACAUUGACAACUCAAGCAUUCGUGAGAAGGCUGUUCGAGAGCUGCUUACCCGGCACUGUCAGCUAUUGGAGACCCCUGAAUCUUGGGCCAAGGAGACUUUCCUUACCCAGAAGCUGUGUGUGCCUGCCGAGUGGAUUCAUGAGGCCAAAGCAGUACGCGCACACAUGGAAUCUGAUAAACACUUGGAAGCCCUCUACUUGUUUAAAGCUGGUCACUGGAAUCGCUGCCACAAACUUGUCAUCCGACACUUAGCUUCUGAUGCCAUCAUUAAUGAAAACUAUGACUACCUGAAGGGGUUCUUAGAAGACCUGGCACCUCCAGAAUGCAGCAGCCUAAUUCAGGAUUGGGAAACAUCUGGGCUUGUUUACCUAGACUAUAUUCAAGUCAUUGAAAUACUCCGCCGUAUUCAGCAGGAGGAAUGGUCAGGUUAUGAAUUAGAGCAGUUAAACACCAAAGUGACUUCGCUGUGCAGCCGGAUAGAGCAGAUCCAGUGUUACAAUGCCAAGGAUCGCCUGGCUCAAUCAGAUAUGGCCAAACGCAUAGCCAACUUGCUGCGGGUGGUACUGAGCCUACGGCAUGCCUCUGAUGCAGCUUCCGAUGCAACACCAGACCCUCAGCGAGUCCCUUUGCGCCUACUGGCUCCUCACAUUGGCCGACUUCCCAUGCCUGAGGACUACGCCUUGGAGGAAAUGAGCAGCCUCACACAGUCCUACCUGCGAGAACUGACUGUUGGGAGCCAGUGAGACCCAGGCUCUUGCUGCUUCACACUCAUCACACAAUGUUCACUUUUUGUCAUUCUCAGUUGGCUGUGGAAGAUACUCUCCUUUCUGCUGCCCCAAGCAGCAUCCUCUAAUUGUUCAGGGCUUUUCUUAAUAUUGAACAUACCAUAAGGGCUUUUAGAACCAAAAAAGAUGUCUCCUUUUACCAUCAAGGCCAAUUUUUUUCUUUUCAGAAAUGGUCAAUAAAGCUCCUUUGGCAGAA